AUGGCUCGAGCAACACUAGGAAAGAGAGCCCGCGGCAUUGAUGAAACUGAUAUGCCCUGCCUUGUGGCUACUCCCACGAAACGAAGUCGCCGUCUUGCAAGGACUGUUUCAUACAACGACGAGAACCAAGAUCCUGCAUACUCUCCCUUCGACGAUGAUGAAGAAAACGACAUAUUGGCUGAGCUCCCUGCUCGGAACCGAAAGUCUCCCUCACAAGCAUCCACAAAGCAGAAUCCCGUUACACCCUCGACGCCCCGACAUCGAGAUGCACUCUCGGUGCCUCCUACGACGCCUCGGCAUGCUGUCAUGUCGGCAGGCAAACUCUUCAAGCGACUCACACCACAAACACCACUCUCACCAAGCACCAUACAAACCAUUUACCAUUCAGCACGACAAUUGUUUGCCCGUGGAGCUGAGCCUGGCCAACUUAUCGGCCGAGAUGCAGAACGAAAUCAGGUAAUGGAAUUCCUCGGACGAAGCUCUUCGCCUGCCCCCAACGGUUGCCUAUAUGUGAGCGGUCCACCAGGCACGGGCAAAAGUGCCAUGAUUACCGAGAUAAGUCGACAGUUUGCCAACCACAAAGGCGUCAUGUCUGCAUAUGUCAAUUGCAUGAGUGUCAAAUCUUCUAAAGAUCUCUACACCACACUUCUCGGCGCGCUUGGCCAAGGUUUCGACUCUUCCGAGGCAGAUGCGAUUUCCAGCUUGCAGGCUAUGUUCGUGCCCAAGACACAGUCGGCUACCGUCUAUCUUGUGACCCUAGAUGAGAUCGACCAUAUUUUAACGAUGGGUCUGGAAAGUCUAUAUCGCGUGUUUGAGUGGUCGCUACAAAAGAACUCAUGCCUGAUUCUUGUCGGUAUUGCCAACGCCCUGGACUUGACCGAUCGUUUCCUUCCUCGACUCAAGGCCAAGAACCUGAAGCCUGAUCUAUUGCCAUUCCUGCCCUAUACCGCAGCCCAGGUCAAGAAUAUCAUCACUAUGAGACUCAGGUCCCUGAUGCCGGCUGAUGGAAAGGAGGGUCACGUGCCAUUCAUUCACCCUGCUGCUAUUGAACUCUGCUCCCGCAAGGUUUCGAGUCAGACUGGGGACCUUCGCAAAGCCUUCGAGAUUUGUCGCCGUGCACUUGACUUGAUCGAGACCGAAACGCGUCAGAAGUACGAGGAAGAAGCGAGGGAAGAACUGCUACAGAUGACCCCUUCGAAACGACCUCUUGGGGAAAACAUCAACGGCGCAUCCGGUGGCUCAAAAACCGUGUUUCAGCUAAUGGCGAACUCUUUGAAGGCUCUCACAGCAGAAACUGCGCCCCGGGCAUCGAUCGGACAUCUGAAUAAAAUUACAGCAGCAGCUUUCAGCAACGGAACGACCCAACGACUCAAGGCACUUAACCUCCAGCAGAAGGCAGCACUCUGUGCCUUGAUAGCUUAUGAGAAACGAACUCGAGCUGCCGCUAAGAUGGCCAACAACGGCUCCACACCUUCCAAAAAGAAGUUUUUGGCACCAACUAUCAAGACUUUAUUCGAUGCUUACUGUCAGCUCUGUACCCGCGAUUCGGUUCUGCACCCUUUAUCGAGUUCUGAAUUCCGCGAGGUUGCCGGCAGUCUCGAAACAUUGGGGUUAGUCAACGCAUCCGAUGGAAAGAACGGAAGCCUUGCGGCACCACAAACACCCAGCAAACGAGGUCGCAAGACUCUUGCUGCAAGUGGAGAUGAGCGGAGAAUCACGAGCUGCGUUGCAGAAAAAGAGAUCGAAUCUGUAGCCGACGGCGCUGGCGCAGGCAUCCUAAAAAGUAUUUUGAGUGGAGAAGCAUUGGAUUAA